GCACAGAAGUAGCCUAUGAGCAUGUCAAGGGGGCGGGAGCAGGUCCGGCUGCUAGCCAAUCAGACGCUGCGAUGAGGCGAGGAGGGCGCGGGUUGGUGUUUCCACGGGGAAGGCAGCGCGGCGCGGUCCGGCCGUGGUGGUAGUAUGAGCCUGUCCGUGAGGAAUGAGCUUUCAGUAGACAAAACUAAAAAGAAGAAGAGAAGAGAGCUGACUGAGGAACAGAAACAAGAAAUUAAAGAUGCCUUUGAAUUGUUUGAUACAGACAAAGAUAGAGCAAUAAAUUACCAUGAGUUGAAGGUGGCAAUGAGAGCCUUGGGUUUUGAUGUGAAAAAAGCUGAUGUACUGAAAAUACUUAAAGAUUAUGAUCGAGAAGCAACAGGCAAGAUCACUUUCGAAGAUUUUAAUGAAGUUGUGACAGACUGGAUAUUGGACAGAGAUCCACAGGAAGAAAUACUCAAGGCGUUCAAAUUGUUUGAUGAUGAUGACUCUGGUAAAAUAAGCCUGAGAAACCUGCGUCGGGUUGCUAGAGAACUGGGUGAAAAUAUGUCUGAUGAAGAACUGCGGGCUAUGAUUGAAGAAUUUGAUAAGGACGGAGAUGGAGAAAUCAAUCAAGAGGAGUUCAUUGCUAUUAUGACUGGAGAUAUUUAACAUUGGAAGAGAAGAAAUGAAUUUAUCACAAAAGGGAAACAUCGUUGGCAUCUGCCAUUAGAGUAUUUUGUAAUUCGUUUCUAUUGAUGGAGUCAAGUAGAAAUUAUUUUCCUCAGAGGUCCAAAAUAAACACAAGUCUUAAGUACUGCUGCUUUGGAACUUUAUGUCAUUAAAUCUCAUCACUAGAAUAAGUGAUCAUGUUAGUACAACUAAUACUACAUUUCAGAGUAUUUUAGUGCUCAUGUGUAAAAUAGUUUUGUAUAAUAUUUCUAAAUUAAAUCCUAUUAUAAGAACCUUUUGAAGUUGGCUUUAUGUUAGCACUAACUGCGGCCUUAGUUUUGAUACAUGAAGUUUGACAGGUUUCCAUUUUAAUAAAAUGCUCUUUACUAUUGCUACUGAAAACUCUUGGUUUUUUUUGUUUAAUUUGAGCUAUGAUUUAAAAUCCGUCAAAUAAAUGUGUGUUUUGUUCUUUUUA